AUGCCUGACCGAGCAACAACUCCGGAAAAUAUACUCUAUCAAAGAGAAACGAUUCUAGAUUCCAUCAACGACUCCUCAUCGGAUGAGGAGACGACACGUUCCACUGAGUUUGAUACAUUUAUUAUGAGAUCUACGCCUCCGUUGGCUCCGUUUCCUCAAGGUAAUCCUCCAGGUCAACUGUGUCAUCGAGUGGCGAAAAAGCUUGUACAGGAGCAAAUUGGAUGGAGACAUUCUGUAAAAGAAACCGCAAAAAUGCUAAGACAAGAAGUAAAUAAGAGAGAUGCACCACAAAGAAAUUUUAUGUCUACUCUGAUGACGAUAAGACCAACAUCACGGUUUCGACCAUUAUUAUUUACAGACGGGGGACAUACGCCUCACAGUCGUCGAACUCGACCUCGACCUGGUUAA